AUGGUCUUGCCGGCUGGAGAGGGGAGAAAUGAGGAAGCGAGUGGACAAGGCCAGCCUGGGCGGGAAGCCGCAGCAGCGGAAGGGGAAGGAGCAGGAGAAUUAAGUGGAGAAGGCCCCUCGGCUGCUGAUGCUGCAGGCCUCGAGGAUGGCGGGAACCAAGAGGGCGCCAGUGGCGGCGCCCGGGAGAAUGAGCAGCGACCUCAGGAGCCGGUUCACGAGGGCAUGGGGGGCACCGAGGGUGUGCAGUCUGUGCCAGCACUGGUGACCCAUGCCCAGCCUGUGCCACGUACAGUAUGUCGUGUACAGCCUGUAUCAGUUACAGCUCCCCGGGUACAGCCUAUGCCACCUAUGUUGCCCUGUGUACAGCCUGUGCUAAUUAAUGUGCAUAGUGUACAACCUGUGUCAGUUAGGGCGCCCCAUGUACACCCUGUGUCAGGCACCUUUCCCUGUGCACAGCCUAUGCCAGUUAUGGUGCCCAAUAUGCAGCCUGUGCCAAUCACUGUGCCCAGGAGACGGUCUGUGCCCAUUAAUGUGCCCCGUGUCCAGCAUAUGCCAAUCACUGUGCCCAGGAGACGGUCUGUGCCCAUUAAUGUGCCCCGUGUCCAGCAUAUGCCAAUCACUGGACCCAGGAGAGGGUCUGUGCCCAUUAAUGUGCCCCAUGUACAGCCUGUGUCAGGCACCUUUCCCAGUGCACAGCCUAUGCCAGUUAUGGUGCCCAAUAUGCAGCCUGUGAUAGUUACAGUGCCCAAUGUACAGCUUAUGUCAGGGCUUCUGCCCGGAUUAGAGCAUGUGCCACAUAUGGUGCCCCAUGUACAGUCUAUGUUAGUAAUGGUGCCUGUAUGGCCUAUGUCAGUAACACUGCCUGGUAUGCAGCCUAUGCCAAUCGCUGUGCCCAGGAGACAGCCUGUGCCUGUUAAUGUACCCCAUGUACAGCCUGUGCCUGUUAAUGUACCCCGUGUACAGCCUGUGCCUGUUAAUGUACCCCAUGUACAGCCUGUGUCUGUUACUGUGCCCCAGGUACAGCCUGUGCCUGUUACUCUGCCCCAGGUACAGCCUGUGCCUGUUAAUGUACCCCAUGUACAGCAUAUGCCAAUCACUAUGCCCAAUGUACAGCCUAUGCCAAUCACUAUGCCCAGGAGACGGCCUGUGCCCAUUAAUGUGCCUAUGCCAAUCACUGGGCCCAGGAGAGGGCCUAUGCCCAUUAAUGUGCCCCGUGUCCAGCCUAUGCCAAUCACUGGGCCCAGGAGACGGUCUGCGCCUGUUAAUGUGCCCUGUGUACAUCCUGUGCCAAUCACUGUGCCCAGGAGACGGCCUGUGCCCAUUAAUGUGCCCUGUGUUCAGCAUAUGCCAAUCACUGGGCCCAGGAGACGGUCUGUGCCUGUUAAUGUGCUCCAUGUACAGCCUAUGCCAAUCACUGGGCCCCAUGUCCAGCCUAUGCCAAUCACCGUGCCCAGGAGACAGCCUAUGCCUGUUAAUGUGCCCCACGUACAGCCUGUGCCAAUCACUGUGCCCAGGAGACAGCCUGUGCCUGUUAAUGUACCCCAUGUACAGCCUAUGCCAAUCACUAUGUCCAGGAGACAGCCUGUGCCUGUUAAUGUGCCCCACGUACAGCCUAUGCCAAUCACUAUGCCCAGGAGACGGUCUAUGCCCAUUAAUGUGCCCUAUGUCCAGCCUAUGCCAAUCACUGUGCCCAGGAGACGGUCUGUGCCUGUUAAUGUACCCCAUGUCCAGCCUAUGCCAAUCAAUGUGCCCAGGAGAGGGCCUGUGCCUGUUAAUGUGCCCCAUGUACAGCCUGUGCCAAUCACUGUGCCCCAUGUACAGCCUAUGCCAAUCACUGUGCCCCAUGUCCAGCCUAUGCCUGUUAAUGUGCCCCAUGUACAGCCUGUGCCAAUCACUAUGCCCAGGAGACAGCCUAUGCCUGUUAAUGUGCCCCGUGUCCAGCAUAUGCCAAUCAAUGUGCCCAGGAGAGGGCCUGUGCCUGUUAAUGUGCCCCAUGUACAGCCUGUGCCAAUCACUGUGCCCCAUGUACAGCCUAUACCAGUUAAGGUAACUAGCACACCACAUAUGCCAGUUCCUAUUGCACAGCCUAUGCCAGUCAGAGUGGACUGUGUACAGCCCACACCAAUUAUAGUACCCAGUGUUCAGUCUAUGCCAGGGAUGGUGCCCAAUGUGCAACAUGUGCCAUUUAUGGUACCUUGUGUCCAGCCAAUGCCAGCUACAAUGACCCAUGUUUCACCUGUGCCGCCUGUGCCCUGUGUGCCGCCUGUGCCAGCAACAGUGCCCCGUGUGCAGCGUAUGCCAGCAACGAUGCGCCGUGUGCGGCCUGUGUCGGUUAGGAUGCCACGUGUACAGACUAUGCCAGAUACGGCGCCCAAUGUACAGCCUCUGCCAGCGCUGCUGUCCCGCCGCCGUCUCCGUGACAGGUUUAUGAGGAUGCACCUGCAGGAGCCAGAACGGUUUUUCCAGAGAAAUGACUAAAUGCUGAAGAAGGAGAUGGUUCAGGAAGAGGAGAGAACAGAUCUGGUGAGGGAAGAAUCUGCCAGGACUUAGCAGUGCUCCUCCUGGGACACGCUCCACCUCAAUCUAAAGAUUGUGCAGGUGCCCCACUGUGUCUGCCUUGACCAGGAUCCACUUGUAGAUACAUUUUUGUCUU